UUUUUACCCCAACUCGCCUCAAACACAAAACUGCAACGAUGGCAGCACUGACGAGUCGCUCAGCCAAGGGCGGCGUUCCGGAUCUUGUGCUUCUUGAGGAGAUUAGCGAGGAUGCCAUUCUGUCUGCGCUGAAGAACCGCUUUGCCAACGACGCCAUCUACACUUACAUUGGCAAUGUGCUUGUCUCGGUCAACCCGUUCAAGAACAUUCCCAUCUAUACGGAUGCGCACAUUCAGAACUACUCUGGCAAGCAAAUGUACGAGUCCGAGCCGCACAUCUUUGCGUUGGCUGAUGAGGCCUACCGCAACAUGCGCGACCGCGCCCAGGACCAGUGCAUCAUCAUUACCGGCGAGAGUGGUGCUGGCAAGACCGAGGCCGCCAAGCUGAUCAUGAAGUUCAUUGCUGCCGUCUCGGGCGACAGCCAUGCUGGAUCCAAGAUCAAAGACCAGCUCCUCAAGUCCAACCCCGUGCUGGAGGCCUUCGGCAACGCCACGACCAACCGCAACUUCAACUCGUCCCGCUUUGGCAAGUACAUGGACAUGGAGUUUGACUACAAGGCAGACCCCGUUGGCGGCCUGAUUACCAACUACCUGCUGGAAAAGUCCCGUGUUGUCAAGCAAGUGCAAGGCGAGCGCAACUUCCACGUCUUUUACUACCUGCUCCAGGGUGUGGACGAAGGCACGCUCAGCUCAAAGUUUUCGCUGCAAAAGGACCCGUCCAAGUACUUUUUCCUCAACCAGAGCGCGACCUACGUGGUUGACUUGGUCAACGACCGCGAGCUGUACAAGGAGAUGGUGUCUGCCAUGAAGGUGGUCGGUUUCAAGGACGCGGACGUGGACAACUGCUUCAAGCUUGUCGCCUCCAUCCUGCACCUCGGCAACGUUGAGUUUGUUGCCCAGGACGAUGCGCACAGCACCGUGACUGACUCGCCUGCCUUGUCUGCCGCUGCCUCGCUGCUCGAGGUCGACAAGCAGACGCUCAUCCAGGCGCUCACCUUCCGCACCGUCACCACGCGCGAGGGCAACAUUUCCACCCCGCUCAACGCCCGCCAGGCUGCCGCCACCCGCGACGCGCUCGCCAAGGCCGUCUACGAGCGUCUGUUCGUGUGGGUCAUUGCCCAGAUCAACAACUUUAUCCGCGCCCCCGAGAAGGAGGCCCGCCACGUGAUUGGCGUCCUCGACAUUUACGGCUUUGAGAUUUUCGGCCGCAACGGCUUUGAGCAGUUCUGCAUCAACUACUGCAACGAAAAGCUCCAGCAGCUCUUCAUCGAGCUCACGCUCAAGUCCGAGCAGGAAGAGUACCUGCGCGAGGGCAUUGACUGGGUCCACAUUGACUACUUUAACAACGCCAUCAUCUGCGACCUGAUUGAGAACGGCCAGACUGGUAUCAUUGCCAUGCUCGACGAGAACUCGCUCCUCCAGAACGAGAGCGACAGCGACUUCCACGCCAAGCUCAAGGCCAAGUGCAAGGGCCACGCCCACUACCAGACCAACACGAUCGCAGACACGACCUUCACGCUCAAGCACUACGCCGGCGACGUCACGUACGACUCUGUCGGCUUUAUCGAGAAGAACAAGGACGCCCUGUUCAAGGACUUGUCGCGUCUGAUGUACUCGAGCCAGCAGACCAUGCUCAAGCUCAUGUUCCCCGAGGGCGCCCUUGCCGACUCUGAGCUCAUGAAGCGCCCGACCACCGCGGCCACCCAGUUCAAGCGCCAGGUCAACGAGCUUGCCCAGAUUCUGCUCCAGAAGACUCCCCACUAUGUCCGUUGCAUCAAGUCCAACGACCAGAAGCGCGGCGGCCUCUUUGUCGACGAGCUCUGUCUCCACCAGGUCCGCUACCUCGGCCUGCACGAGAACGUGCGCGUCCGCCGUGCCGGCUAUGCCUUCCGUCAGCUCUACUCGCGCUUCCUCGAUCGCUACAAGAUGCUCUGCCCCGAGACCUGGCCGCUGUGGGAGUCGCCCGAGCAAAAGCGCCAGCGAACGGACGCGGUCAAGUCUGGCAAGACUGGCAUUCUUGCCGUGCUCGAGAUGCAGAAGGCUGCCUUCCAGAGCACCGACCAGGCCUACCAACGCAAGGGUGUCGAGAAGAUUCUCAGCCACCUCAAGCUUGGCCAGGGCGAGUACCUGCUCGGCAACACCAAGCUCUUUGUCAAGCAACCCACCACCCUGUUCGCCCUCGAGGAUUUGCGCGAGCACCGCAUCGUUGGCAUUGCCACCCACAUCCAAGCACACAUCAAGGGUCUGCUCGCCAAGCUCCGCUACAAGCGUCUGCGAGCGGCCACCAUCAAGGUCCAGAGCAACAUUAAGCGCUUCCUCUUCCGCCGCCGCAUGCAAAAGCUCCGCAUGGUCUACAUUACCUACCUUGCCUACGUCUACCAAGGCAAGCAAAAGAGCACCGACUGGAUGACCGACCGCGAGCGCGCCUUUGUCAACAAGGCCUUCUUCAAGCGUGUUGCCGUGACCCGCGUCACCAACGUGUACCGCAACUACCUGCGCCGUCGCGUCCUCCGCGUCUACCGCGACAACCUCGUCUGGGCAGACCGCAAGAACACGUACGUCCAGGGCAAGCAGUACAAGAUGGUCAAGUGGCCCGAGAUUAAGGUUUCGUGGUGCGCCCAGACGCUCACGCUGCUCAAGGGCAUCUUUGAGGGCUGGGUUCGCCGCAAGUACCGCUCGUAUGUCACUGCAGAGCAGAAGGCUGUCCUCGAGCUCAAGCUUCGUGCCAGCGAGAUUUUCUACGGCAACAAGAUCACCUACCCCCGCACCGUUCCCGUGCCGUACACCAGCCAGCGCCUCGGCGAGCUCGUCAACCCCAAGACGGAGAAGCACCUGGAGACGCUCAAGGCGGAGCACUUCCUCCCCGACGAGACGCUGAUUUGCGCCACCGCGGCCAUGAAGCUCAACCGCGCCGAUUUCAAGGGUGUCCAGCACUGCCUGUUCCUCACGGACAAGAACCUGCACAUUACCACCAGCGCGUUCAAGCUCAAGCAGACCUUGCCCAUCAACGCUCUGUCUGCCGUGACGCUCUCGCCGCACGGCGAUUCUGUCAUGGUCCUCCACGUCGACCUCAAGGAGCUGCCCGAAAAGGGCCAAAAGAAGGGCGAUUACAUGUUUGUCGUCGACGACCACGUCGAGCUUGCCACCAAGAUUUGCGUCAACUACGAGGCCAAGACCACCUUCAAGUUCAAGCUGCGCUUCGCCGACCAGAUUGUUGUGCACGUCAAGGGCGGCGAGGAGAAUGUCACCUUCGCCGCCGGCGAGGUCGAUGAGAUUAGCUUCAUCCCCACCAAGAAGACGCUGGCCAUUGCGCUCCCUCGCAGCAAGAUCAACGACGGCACCAAGCCUGCAGCCCUCGUCCGUGCCGACUCUGUUCUCGACGGCAUGAACGAGGCCCAGUACCACAAGUUUAUGGAAGGCGGCACGCUUCCUCGCAACUUUGACUUUAAGGGCAAGAACUGAAAUUUUUCUUUGUGAUGUGUUUCUUGUCCUCGAGCUUUUGUGGACUCGAUUGCCAUGUCGUGCAUUCUCUGUGAUGUUUUUGUGAUGAUGAUGUUUAUUCUUUGUUUUUUUUUUUGUUGCAUUUUUUUUUGUUCAAAAAUUUCAUUUGUUCCAUUCU